AUAACUUUAAUUUCUAUGUUAAUCACACUGGUUACUGGUUUGAGCAAAUACAAGACCGUACUACGAACCAAACUUAAAGCGUAUCUUGACAGAGUAUAAUAUUAUGAGAGAAGUAUCUAUUAAAACGAUGCAGUACAUAAACUUUUCAGUCAAUGACAAAACUUUAGAUAGACAAACACAUAAAUCUUAGGAGAAAUAAAUCAGUAUGUUUUGUGCGUAGUUUUAUUCAUUUUUAAAUAGGUUCAAAUCGAACAGUAUCUGAUUCUCUUGCAAGUCUACCGAACUCGUCAGACACUGCUGCAUUUGAGUGGAAGAUCAGUCCAAAAAAUCAGCAUUACCUUUAUGUAAAUGUUGGAUUAACAUGGAGUGAAGCUAAAAGAUUAUGCAAUGACAUGAAUGCAAGUUUGGUAGAAUUCACAAUGGAAAGCUAUACAGAGUAUACUGAUGAAAUGGAUUUCAUCUCAAAUCAACUUACUUUUGGCAGGAAAGAUUUCUGGGUUGGGUUGAGAGAUGUUAACAAUUCAAUAUUUAAUUGGAACACUGGAUAUGUUUCGGAAUCUUCACCUUGGAUAUCAACAAAAAAGUCUGCUUCAAAUCUUUGUGGUGUUUUAAAUUCAUGUGGAAUACAGCUUAUUAAUUGUCAGAAUAGGAGACCGGUGAUUUGUCAAAAGACAUCAUCAGUUAUCUACAAAACAAAUUGGAUACAACAAGAUGGGAUUAGUUUUUAUUUAUCAGAAGUGAAAGUGGACUAUAAUACUGCCAAAAAAAUAUGCCAUGCUGUAAAUGGAAGUAUACUGGAAUUUACCGAUGAAUGUUUACCAACAGAUAUUCCUUUGUCAGCACAGCCUUAUUAUAUUGGACUUCGUUAUUCAAAUAUCACUGAUAAUUUUGAAUGGGAAACAACAUCUUUAAACGAGACGAGUUUUAUAAAUCAUUGGCCUGUAGUGGGUCUUUUUCAGACUGGGAAUUGUGUUGUAGUUAACCAGAAAAGGAUUUGGGAAAUGGUUACUUGUGACAGUCGCUACAGAUUUGCAUGUAAAAGAGCUACCAUAUCAUCUCUGUUUAUAAAUAACACAAAUCAUUGUGGUGGUUGUCCAUGGAAACAAUUAGAAAACAAAUGCUAUCUAAAUAUCAAUGAAAAUGUAACUUGGGAUGAUGCACAAGCUUAUUGUCAUUCCUUCCAAGCUGACUUGGUUGUUUUGAACUCAACUGACGAGAGUUAUUUCCUUGGAAACAUGACUGGUAACCAAAUAUUUUGGGUUGGAGCAAAGAACUUGCAUUGGAUAAAUGGCCAACCAUAUCUUAAUACAUUUGGAGCAAGUGAAAGCAGUUGUGUCAAAUUUUAUCAUUUAAAUUUAUCGUACUCAUUUUGCUCAGAAAAUUUACCUUUUGUUUGUCAGAGAAAUAAAAAUGUUGUACAGGACACAUCUUUGUUUUGCAACACACCCUGGAUUUUAAAUGGCAACUCCACUUGCUACCUUUUUUCAAACAAAAAAGCUACAUGGAAAGGAGCACAUUCAAUAUGUCGAGGUUAUAAUGCAUUUUUGGUAGCCAUAUUAGACAAUGAUCAGCAUCAAUUUUUGAUAAACAAUGCACAAUUUGAUACAGUUGGUGGAUACUGGACAAGCUAUAACGAUAUUGAAUCUGAAGGAAAGUUUGUUUGGGCUGCAAAAGGACCUGGUGGUGGAUAUCAAAGUUGGGCAUCUGGUAAACCCGAUGACAAUGAUGGUGUAAAAAAUUGUGUUAUUCUGCAAUCUGAUGGUUGGGUGGAUAUGAAAUGCAAUUCCAAAUUUCAUUUUAUUUGUCAAAAAAACGGGGAUUUUGAAACUCCUGCAAGCAUUCAGAGGAAGCAUUUCUAUUUUCACGACACACCAAUGACAUACUGGAAAGCGGAAAUCAUUCGUGAAGGAGUAUACAUCAAUGAGAACAAUUAUUAUGAACCAAAGUUCUCCUUUCUUGGUCAAAAUGGUUUCAUUAUUGUUCAUCAACAGCUUCACGGUGCUGGAAACUUUUGUCUUUCACAUGGUUCAGCAGACGUUGUUAAUGGAAGCUCACCUCAUAUUGCAGAGUAUAACGCUACAACGUCAAAAUCCUGUAUAUCCUUUAAAUUUGAAAACAGAUUCUUCAUAUUUGUGGAUGUCAACCAUACCAUUCUUUGCUUACAGUAUGUUGACUCCCAACUAACAUUUACAGAUUCAUGUGUUUACGAAGUUGGCUUUACAAAUGUAUCCACCAAUCUAGAGCUGCUUUCAUUCCAAGGUGAAAAUUUCACAGCAAAAGAAAUAUUUUACCAAAUAGCUGGAGUUGACUAUGUAUGGAGUACAGACAUGCUAGCACCAGGAGAGAUCAUAAAAAACGUGGGUUACAAAUUACUGUUAAACUUCAAGGGUUACCUUACUGUAAAUGAUUCCAGCAAUGACGUCAUUUAUUGCUUAUAUCUCACUCAGUUUGACAUAAAAAGCCCAGUGAAAAUAGGAAUCAUGAACGACGAUGCCAUUGAUUGCAUUGUAUUUCAUUUUGUGGAUGGGUUUUUUCGACCAGCUAUAUUUGAAUAUUAUGGUUACUGCUUGCAAUUUUCAAAUGACGAGCUAUAUUUCACUUUGGAAUGUAUAUAUCCAGCGCAGAUUAAAGAUCGCAAUAUAACCUCAAGUAUUAUUUUCACCAGCAUAGCGUCGUCAUUCUUUACAAUACCAUCUACACUGUAUGUAUCGACAUCUCCGCUCACAUCGACAGAAUCAAUUCAAGCAACAAUUUACAGCACUGAACUUUUCGCAACAAGUUCAAAGUUUACCACUCUUAACACAAAAACUUCUACACUCGCCACAUCUACUCCUACACAUUCAACAACACAAGAUUCAGCUCACUGGGCUGCAUGGUCAGAAUGGUUACCUUGUAAUGUUGUAUGUGAAACGGGUAACCGGACUCGCAAAAGAAAAUGUAUAAAUGCAGUGGAAAGUAGCCAAUGUUUUGGAAGUUCCACCAUGUAUGAAAGCUGUCAAGGGAUUGGAGAUUGCUCGAAGUAUGCCUACACUAUGCGUAGAAGUAGCUGUACAGAAUUUUGUGCUGAAACAGGGCAAAUAUGUGAUCCGCUAAUGCAUAUGGGAGAAAGUAUCAGCUUAUUUAAAAUUUUGGGAUUCUCCUGCUCAGACAAUUCAUCUCAAAGCGAAUGGAAGGAAGACUACGCGCCAUAUUUCCAUAAAGACACAAAAAUGUGUUCUGGUUAUAAAGGUCUUCCAGAAAAUAUAAAUUGUGAUGCAAAACCACCUUCAAAUAGGAUUAUUAGACUUUGCAAGUGUAUUUUACAAGACGACAUUGGCAUGACAGAGUGGUCCCCAUGGAGCAGCUGUUCAGCCACUUGCAAGGGGUACCAUGUUAGGCAUCGCUCCUGUGCAGUGAGUGGAGGAGAUACUUGCUCCAGAAAUAAAACACAUCAAAGUGAAUGCAAUGAACACAUCCCCUGCCCAGUUCAUGGAGGUUUCACAGAAUGGUCAGUGUGGUCCAACUGUUCAAAAUCUUGUAAUAAAGGAGAGCGUAUACGAACACGUCAAUGUGCAAACCCUUCUCCACAAAAUGGCGGAUAUGACUGUCAUGGUGUAAAAAAAGAAGCUCAAGCUUGUGGUACUAAACGCUGUCCUAUUAAUGGACAAUGGUCUUCGUGGUCCAAACUUUCAGCUUGCACGAAACCUUGCAAUGGUUGAGUGCUUAUAAGGAGGAGAUAUUGCAAUAACCCCAGUCCUUUGUAUGGUGGCAAGUAUUGUGUAGGAGCUUGGAAUGAAACUUCCUUAUGUAAUACCCAACCGUGUUCACCUGCAUAUAUCAAUACAACAUGUACGUUUGAUAUGCAUUUCGACGCUGGAUUACGUACUGUUGAAGGGAGUUCUUGGAAAAGUUUGGAGGCUGGCAUAUUACACGAA